AUGCACCUCGAUUUUCGCAGAAAAUCGCAUUCUCGGUCACCUCCUCAUCGCAUGGCCUCCGACAUUACUUUGCCCAUAUUGCAUUUCAACGAUGUAUAUCGGGUAACCCCACAAAAAAUAUCCCGUACGGAAAGCAUAGACGUUACCCAAUUUGCAGCCCUGGUGGACGAUAUCCGCAAUAACUGGCCAAAUAGACCAGAUGGAAAGAAAGACGGCUUGUUGCUCUUCUCUGGGGAUGUAUUCUCUCCUUCCGUCGAAAGCUCUGUCACUAGAGGAAGUCAUAUGGUCCCCGUGAUGAACCAGUUGGGAGUAGAUGUUUCCGUGACCGGCAAUCACGAUUUUGACUUUGGUUACCCUCAUCUCUGUAAACUUGUGAACGAUACCAAUUUUCCGUGGAUUCUUAGCAACAUAAUCGAUACUACUACAUCUAAAAUACCGCAACAACUGAACGAAUAUGUUGUUAUAGAAAGAUCGGGUGUUCGAAUUGGUUUCAUAGGGCUUGUUGAAGAAGACUGGAUUACAACCGUCUCCGCAUGGCCACCCGAGUUCGUGUACACAUCCAUGAAAGAAACAGCUCUGGCAUUAUCAAAGAAACUUCGUGACCCACAAGGUGAACAUCGUUGUGAUAUCAUCAUCGCGUUAACCCAUUCUCGAUUACCCAAUGACAUUACCCUUGCUAAGGAGUUGUUUGCAUUUUCUCCAAAUGCUCAGAAGACACAUCCCAUUGCUUCAGAGCACGGUAUAGAUCUCUUGCUCGGUGGCCAUGAUCAUAUGUAUUUUGUAGGUAAAGGUGUCACAUCAUGGGAUGGCUACGACCUCAAAGAGGACGUGCUCGGAGCUGAGUCUGAUGAGGGUGAUAUUUUGGUUAUCAAAAGUGGGACCGACUUUCGCGAUCUCAGCGAAAUGGCCGUCACGGUCAGCCCAACACCACCAGGCAGUGUCAGGAGAAUGGUUAUUAGCAAAAUCACAGGGAAGAGGCACGUUACACAACCAGGAUACCGAUCAUCCAAAAAGAUGACCAAGUUGCUAAAAAACCUGUUGGGGUCGAUAUCAUCAGCUCUUAAAGCUCCUAUAUGCAGAACCGAUGUGAUGAUUGACGUUCGCUCUUAUUACAUCAGAGUAACAGAGUCACCUAUUUGCAAUUGGAUUGCAGAUAUUUGCAGACACGCCUACGACGAAGCAUUGUGUCAAAAUGGCGGUCGGGGAUCUGAUGGCGUAUUUUUGUGUGCUGGCACAUUCCGAGGGGAUUCAACAUACGGUCCAGGCGUUAUGACGAUUGGUGACAUAUUGGAGAUUUUGCCGUUUGAUGACCCGACCCUUGUUAUCGAAAUCGAUGGCGCUACACUUUGGGCCGCGCUUGAAAGCGCGCUAAGCACCUGGCCAGCACAAGAAGGUCGCUUCCCGGCCAUCUCUGGUUUUCGUGUGACUUGGGAUUCAAGGAGAGAACCUGGCCAUCGAGUAUUGGGUGUCUGGCUUCUGAUACCUUCAAAUGAAGCUGAAAGCAACAAGGAAAUUGACAAGUCCCACUACGCAGAAGAACCGGUUAAAAAUGAAGUCGGCGGACGCACGUACAGAAUUGUCUCUAGAGAAUACAUGGUCCAAGGCCACGACGGGUUUGAAGCUCUGACAAAGGGCAAGAUACUGGUCGAUCACGAAUGUGGCGAGAUGUUGAGCACCAUCGUCAGAAAGUAUAUGCUUGGCUCUCAUUUCGUCAACAAAGUGAUACGAAAGAAAGAAGAAAAGAUAAGCUUCCUGAGGAAGACCACACUGCCGACAAUUCAUGAACUGGAGAAAGAAUUCAAACUUGCAAAAGCCGAUCGGUCGACAGCUGCAACCAGACUCUGGAAAUACGCUGCCAACCUUGCAUUGCAUCGCGGACGCUCGAAAUCGUACUAUCAAACGCACAUCAAGAUAUCAUCCACUGAGCACAUGAGUUCAGUGGAUGCCUAUGACGGCGAAAGCAUCAGGAAAGGACGGGAGUGUAGAAAAGUGUCCACGGAGCCGGACGACGAUCUUCUGCUCGUCCAUCCUCACGUCGAUGGCCGUUUGGUAAAUGUAGGAAAAGGCGCGGAAGAGAGCAAGUGA